AUGAAGUUCUGUCCCACUCGAAACGCUUCCUUGCCUACACUGCUCCUCGCUGCAGCCGUUGUGCCUUUGGGCGCCCUGGACAGCGCACAGCGCUCGUACAUGCCCUUGGACAAGCCGGUAGCUGUUUCGGACGGUUCGGAAUGCUACCGAAAUUAUGCCACCGACCCGCGAAGCUGCCCGAUCGUCCAGGUAGCCUUCUUCGAGGACACACACUGCAGCGAGCCGCUCAACCUUGUGCGCACGAACCCUCAAGCUUUCAUCAAAGGCAACGAGCAGAUGCUUUUUGAUGGAGCCGUUGCUCACUCGCUCAAGAAUCCGUUCGGCUCCAUGCGGGUGCUUGCGGCUGUCGACGGUAUCGGAAUCGGCUUCGCAAAGAGCGAAGAGUCAGACAUGGUUGUGCAAAACAUGGCAUGGCUUUCAUCUUCUCAGACUCAGGCUGCUUUCAAAUCGAAGCAGUGUAUCAACUUUCCCAAUCUGGACGUGAGUCAGGUCAAGGUCUGGACUGUCAAAGCGGAUGGCGCCUUCAACCGACGUGGCUACGCGUGGAAUCCGUACAACAUUCCUAUCACCAAGUCGCCACAGUGCACCGAUGCGCCGGGCAAGCUCAAAACGCCUUCUCCGUGGAUCUUGUCCUCCAAGAAUGGCGCGCCCAAGUCCCAGCCCGCUUCCGCUACCGGAAUUGAGUGCCUCGAGAAAGCGUCUUGGGGCGGAGGAGGAGUGCUGCUCAUGUACGCGAGCGACGACUGCUCGGGCUCUCCCAAGAGGCAGCUCUACAGCACCGCGCAAUGCACGCCUCUGGCCAUGACCAACUUCAAGUCGUACAAAGCUAUCCAGCCGCAGGGCCCCACGAUCGACACGGUGUUCAGCCCGGCUUACUACGAUGUGAGCGAGUCGGGAUACCACGCCUGCGCUCAGCGAGACGUCAGCGCCCGGCCUUUCAAGCCCAACGAAUGCCAGAAGGUUGCCGGGAAUGAUAUGUUUGUCGGUGUCUAUGGUGUGGAUGCUGCGUUCCCUCCCCCUGUUCCGGGCCCUCACAACAAGGUCUUGCUCCAGUCGCACGGACAUCUGUUGUUGAGCCCUAACCCAAAGCAUCAAAAGCACACGCGUCGCUGA